ACUCAAGAAAAAUAGCAACACUCAAUUCGUGUGCCCUUUCUUUUGAAAUAGCUGAUGUACCGAUGGUGACUUUAUACACCCCCACCCCCAGACUACGUACAAUAUGCAGAAGAGCUGCAGACCACGUCAUGGAAACAACUAUUCUGGUGGUAGAGAGGAUCUGAACUUAACUUCACUUGUAUGAGUUUGACCACAGAGGAGCAGCUUGUCAGAGGUUCAGAUCAAAGCUAGAAGAGCGAUGGAGGUCAUCUGUAAGGAGGGGAUGCUCUACCUGCAGGGCUUCAAGUUUGGAAAAAAAACCUGGAGGAAAGUAUGGAUGGUGCUCUUCAAGCCCAGCUCCAGUGGCGUGGGCCGGCUGGAGUUCUGCGCCGGCGGUGACGGCGGUCCUCUCAGCGAGCACGCGAAGUCGGGCCGUCAGAAAACGGCCGAGAGGAAAGUGGUGCGUUUAAGUGACUGUCUCAGCGUGACUCCGGCUCCCAGAGAGGCCUGCCCUGCCGGCUGUACGGCCUUCUACCUCAACACCAAGCAGUGCAACUACACCUUCGCCUCCACGUCAAGCCAAGACUGGACCAGCGCUCUCUGUCUCCUUGCUUUCCAGAGAGAUCCUGGAGGCUCUGACAAAGAGGAACUUGGAGGAGGAACUGGCUUCACCAUGGAGGACAAUGACCUUUACUCCUCCUGGAAGCGUGACUCUACUCUUCCUCCGAACCAGUACGAAGUGAUGGUUCAGAGCACGGAGGCCUCCAAGUGGUGUAAGCUGGCUGGCAAGUACCUGGUGUCCACAAAUAAGGAUGAUUUGGUUCUGAGCGACAUCAGCACUGGUGCUGUCGUCUACUGCUGGCCCUACAGGCUGCUGCGCAGAUUCGGACAGGUGGAGGGGGGAUUCAGCAUCGAAGCGGGCCGCCGCUGCGAGUCCGGCGAAGGCAUCUUCACCUUCCUGACCCGACACGGCCCGCAGAUCUUCCAGGCCAUCGCCAAGCAGUGUCUGCCAAAGAAGGAAGAGGGCGUCCAUCCCCUGAGCGUCCACCGAAUGUCCUUACCCGACGUGUCUCCGGUGGUCCAACCAGUCGACCGGCUCCCGGUGGUUCCUGUCCCCGAGGAGAGAGACGUCAGAGACACCAACGACGGCUCUGAGUGUGAAUACUACACAACCAGUGCCCCCUCCUCUGCGGACAGCGUGAAGCACCUGGGCCUGAUCCAACCUGGUCUCUCCUGCAGCGAGGAGGAGGUGGGAGAGGAAGGUGAGGACGAGGAGGAGCGCUGUCUCUCCCUGGAGGCCGCGAACUGGAGGAGCAACACCGAGGAGGACAGCACUUAUUACAACCUGAGGAGAGACACGCUGCCUGUGUUAGAAGAAAACAAAACCAAUGAUAUAUAUUCCUUUGUGAGUAAUGACUAUAUCCCCUCGGACCCCCAGCCCCCUAAAGCUGAUCAAUGUGGCGCUUUCAAGAACCCKAACCUGCCCCCGGCGGAUGAUUGUAUCCACCAAGGGUACGACACCCAGACGGUGGAUGACGCGAAGGAGACGGAGGAUGGCGUGGGCACGUCCCACGCCGCCUGCUGCACGGAGGUCCCCGGCAGUUUCAAACACAGGCUGGCUGAGAUCAUUUCCAAGGACCUGGCCCGGUUCCAGCCUCCUCCUCCCCCCGGAGUGGGCAGCCCCACCUUUUUUCAGCCGUGAUGGACUGUCAUGUGACACGWUGAGUUGGUUUUUCCUGCCGCGACACGCCUCGCAGGAUCAUAGAUGUUUGGAUUUUUUUUAUUUUGUUUAUAAAAAUGUUUCUAAAAGGCUUUUAUUUUGGUUAAAAAAAUAGCUGCAGCAGAGAAAAUGUUUGGUAUUAUGUUGUUCUUUGCCACAGAGACGUGUGCAUCAGUGCAUAACCUCAGGGAGGGAAGAACGUUGAGCAUGUGAGUUCUGACGACUUUUUAUUAAUAUAUAAAAACAGCAAAGAGAAGGUUUGUUGUGCACACACAGGUUCAACCUUCUCAUCAUUUGUUUCCUGUUUUCUUCUGUUUUUGCACUUCUGCACACUUUGUGCUAAUUUAGCUUUUUAUAUUUAUCCGAGAAAGCUCCCCAGAUUUAAAAAUAGUUGUCUAAAAAACUCUUAGUUGCCAUAUCCAGGAUGACUGGGUUGUACCUUUAAACUAACAUUACGAUGAUGUUAACAAUAUCCAUCUGUUAGCAAAAUGUCUCAUGAACCUGAGGCCUUUCAAUGAAACUCUUAGCAAGUAAUCACUGGAUGAACAUCAACAACUCAUUACCUUUUCAAGCCAACAAAUUGUAAGGUGCUGCCACAGAUGAUCAACUGCAAUAAAUGUAAAAAAGGCUAAAAGUUGAGCUUGUUGUCUCCAUCACGUUACUGAGUGAGUUUGUCACAAAACUUUUAGUUUUAAAUUUGAGAAUGGAAGGUGCACAUCUUCAGAAAAGCUCAUGUUUAAAGUGAUGAAAAAAAAACCAAUGUAUUUUGUCCAUAUAAAGAUUAUUUUUAUACUUAAACUCUGUCAUCAGAAUAAAACAAUAAUUUGGGAUUUAGAAUGAAUAGGCUCUAAGAUCAGACAAAAAUAAAAUAAAAUAAAAUGUACGCUCGUGUUUUUAAUCUUUAUUGUAAACAUUUCUCAUAAAAUAUUAACUAUAUGCAUAAAUAGAAAAA